AUGAGUGACAUUGAUUUUGAGCAAAGUUGUGUUGUUAAAUUAUGCUUCAGACUUAAGUACAAUGUGAAAGAAACAUAUGCAAAGCUUUCCCAGGCCUACGGAGAUAAUGUUUUGUUAGGGGCACCAGUUUUUAGGUGGCUUAAGACAUUUUCAGAAGAAAGGGAAUCGAUUGUAGAGGAACUUCAGAAGGUAGUACCUGUAACUGCAAGAACUGAUGAAAAUGUUGCCAAAGCCUGGGAUUGUAUGUGUUCUGGUCAUCACUUGACAGUCAAACUGAUCGAAGAAGAGUUGAAUUUGAUUUACACCACCAUUCAUCAAAUUUUGGCAAAUGAAUUGGGGGGAUGA